CGGCCCCCCGGCGGCGGAGGAUGGCCGAGGACUCGCCCAAGCGGCGCAAGGCCAAUUUUAACGAGGCGGAGACGGAGGUGCUGAUCGAGCAGGUGCUGAAGCACGAGCGGCUGCUGUUCGCGGCGGGGCCGGGCCGCGCCUCCCCGGGCCAGAAGCGGAAGGUGUGGGAGCUGAUCCGGCACAAGGUGAACCCGGUGGCCGCCUGCCCCCGCGACGUGGAGGACCUGAAGAAGCGCUGGCGGGACCUGAAGCGCCGCGACCGUAGCAAGCUGUGCCGCCUGUCUCAGGGCGGCGGGCCGCCGGGCCCCAACGCCGCCCUCGGCCUCGGUCUCCUCCUGGCCCCCGACGAGCUGCCGCCCGGCGCCGCGCCCGCCCGCCGCCACCACCACCAUCACCACCUGCCCCCCCGCGCCUACGGCUCCCUGCUGCACGCCGAGGCCGUGCCCAUCGUGGGCGGCAUCGACACGCUGGAGCUGCCCGGCGCCGCCGUGGGGGAGAUGGGGUUUAAUGAUGAUCCUGGCCCAUCUCAUCAACCUGGUCUUGAGAAGAUGAACCUAAAAGAAGAGAUAGUGGUGAAAGUGGUAGAGCCGGAGGAAAGCUCUGAGGACAUGGCAGUGGUCCCACCUAGCCAGGAGCAGCUGCCUUAUCUGGGGACAUCGGGUGGUGCUUCCUCAGGGAAGGUAAAAGCCAAAUCAAAAGGCAGAUCCCAGGCAGACCCAGUUGGAAUAACUGAAGCAGACCUAGUGCAGAUUCAGCAGACCCAGAUGCAGGUGAUCCAGUCUGGCUUUGACAGCGUCAACCACAACCUUCGGCUGCUGCAGCAAGGCAUGCAGGAUCUGAGUAACAGCCUCAGCAUCAUGGCGCAUACACUUGUUGCUAUCAAAAACGUCUACGUAAAAAACAACACUGGCCCAACUACGUACACCACCGCCUCUACACAGACCACAGCCGGGUACCUGAGCCCAGGCUCUCCCCAGGUUUCCCCCACUGAGGACAGAGGCCAGGUGCAGAUGGCUGGGGGCAGCAGCAGGAGCAGCAGCUGCAGUUCCAGCUCUACAUCCCAGGAACCAGGUCCUUCGGAGUUCCCCAGGCCCCCCCUGAGAACCAUUAAGAAAGAACAUCCAAAUGGCUGCUACUACUUCUGCUUUGCAGACAUGUAAAACUUGAAUAUAUGUACAGUGACUGUUGUGUUAGGUGCUGUUGUUUGUUCUGCUCCAGCCUGUGACUUGAAGGAGCAAAGUGGACUCGCCCCCCACAUUUUUCCCAGUGGGAAACAUUUCUCUAUAGGAGGUGGCAUUAAACACUAAAUACCAGUUCUGUUAAUUCAGUUUCAACUGGCUAAUGUUUUUCUGCUGUUCUCUUUAUCCUCUUACUCUCUUAAAAACAAAACAGAUUUAUUUUGACUAAGACUCUUGUCUGUAUUCUCCUUUGUUUAAUGUGACCUUUUGGAAAAUAAAAGGCAUGAAAUUUGGGUGCAAAAGUAACGUUAUGGUUACUGACCAGCAGGAGCUGACUUACACAGGUUGCUUAGGUGUUUGUUUGUUUUUUUUAAUUAAAGGAAUGGCAAAAUGAGCUGGUGCUUUUAAGUAGUUGCUUUUUCUAAUACUUAUAACAUCAGGGCUGUUUGCUUGUUUGCUGUUGGUUUGGGGUUUUGUUUUUCUAAGUCUCAGCUGUGCAAGGAAGGUAUGGCAGGAAGGGUCGGAUACACCUGCCUCCCUGAGGUUUUAGGAUUGAGCUGCUGCUGCUGAAUGUGCUUCUCUAAAUUCAUACAGCAUCGCUCCAUUUGGCUGCUGUUCAUUCCCAGCUUGCCAAAUGCACCCUCUCAGAGGCAUUUUGUUUUACUUCACUAGCAGAGCAGGCUAUUUAUUGUCAUAUUAUUAAAAUAGAGACAUAGAGCAAAACCAGUAACUGAUGAGUGAUGCCUGGUUUUGAUAUGGAAUAACCUUUCUUAUGGCUUAUAAACAAGCUCUAUCUUCUUAUUUUGGAGUUGGUAUCACGUCACUUGAAAUACUAAGAACAAAAAAUGUUUCUGCGUUCUUUUACAUGAAGUAGAACUUAGACUCGCUGUUAAAUAAAUUACAGAGGCUGAUUCUGGAUAGCAAAAUGCUCUUGCAUAGCCUAUGAAGAGAUGCUUUUAUCUUUGCCUAUCAGAGAGAUACAGAUGUUUCUGUUGCAAGAACUUUUAGCAGCGUAAGAACAUGUAAACAUCAGGCAAGGCAUAUCAUUUUUAUGGUCAACUUUGAUAGAGCACUAUGCUACACAAAAAUACAGGACUAAUUUCUUUAAACUCUAGGGUGGAAUUAUGGCUGUUUGUAUUGAAAUGUUAUAAAUCUGAGUGCUAACAGUAGCUGCGAGCAGGAGGGGAUAAUGCAAGGAAUGCCCCUAUCGCCAGUCAUACACCAUUAGAAUAGUUACCUCAAAGCAAGCCUGUGCAGGAGUCUGUUUGAGCUCAGGAUAGCUGGGUUUUAACAGGUUUCUUCUGAGGCACUGCUGAGCCAAGAAUGGAAACAAAUUUCUUAAAGAGGCCUUAAAGAACUAUCUAAAAACAAAACAAAACCAACAAAAACAAACAAAAACAGUGGAAGAGGGUGACAAAUCCUAACGCUGAGCCAGGUGCAGUUCAAUUGCAGCCACCACAUGGAAUCAGCACAAGGGCGUUGCUCUGGAGGAGGUUCUUAGCUCCUUGUUUCCCUUAUAAAAGGAGAUGGUGUGAAUGACAGCUACCACUACCUUACUCAUAAACUGCUGGCAUCAAAACCAGGAUAGAGUUAGCUUCUUAGAAGCAUUUAUAUUUCUACUCCUCAGCACAGAUGGGAUCUGUCAAGCAGUGUUUUCUGGUACCCUUCAUUUCUGUUCUCAUACACAAAGCAGCCUCUUAAUACAGUUGUGAUAUCCCAGGUUGGGUUAGAAAAAAUGAGUCAAGUUUACCUGGUCUUUUUGGGCAGCUGUUUGAGCUCGUCCAGGGUGCAGCGGCCAGUUCUUUCCUGCCCAAUGUUCUUUCUGUAUUUCAGUUCUUUCUUCAGUUGUUGAUUCCUGAAUUUCAUUUACUCCAGCCUUUCUAGGGAAAGCUAGCUUGUGUGUGCUACACAGCUGUCUCACGUUUAUGUUUACAUGAGAGCAGGCUAUAGUCCAGGUGCAGAGAAGUGCUGCAAGAUUUCAAGAGCAGAGCCAGUGGGCUGUGUCUCCUGUGGUUGUGCAGAUGGCAAAAAAAAACAACACAAAAGGUGCUUCAGAAAUGAGAGCUCAGCACUGAUCUCCUGUGCUGUUUCUUUUGUUCCAGCCUUGGAUCUUCUUCAGUCUGUCAACUGUACAGCCUAGGUAUGUUGAAGCCAAUUCGAGACCACUCUCCCAUCUUGGUUAUGAUCACUACUUACCAUAGAAUCACCAAGGUUGGAAAAGACCUAAAAGAUCAUCCAGUCCAACCAUUCACCUAUGACCAAUAGCUCCCACUAAACCAUGUCCCUCAACACAACAUCCAAUUGUUCAUUGAAAUGUUCUAGAUGACUUAAGAUACUGAGAUAUCUAUCUCACCUCCAGUACAGAGCAUGUAUGUUUUUUAUUUUCAACUUCCAAUUAAUACAGCUGGCUUUCUGUUUCUUUGUGUGCUUUUUCUGUUAUCAAAUGGUGGCUUCACUGGGAACACAAAGAGCACACACCCUCCAGAAGAACAACAGUACUUUUCUGGCUGCUCUUAACAGAACAAGGACAGAGCUGCCCUUUAAUUUGCUUCACAUACAGGUCAUAACAGUGGCAAUGCCAAGAAAGAGAUCCAGGAACUUUCUCCAAUUCUUCUAGACCUCCCUAGUAACCUUGUUCUGCUGUGCAACAAGCAAGCAGUGUUUUCCACAGCACACAAGGACUAAGACAAGCAUGCAUGUAGACUGCAAAUAUAUAACUGUGAUGACACUGUACUUUUAUCUCGUUUUUCUAGAAAGAGGAAUGAAAGGAUCUUGGAGGGAACUAGAGCAACUGGUUAAUACUGCAUCUCCACACAUAGCACAAACUGUCCAGAUUCAAUAACUUCAGUAACUUUUUUGCUAUCUGCAGCUAAAUUGUACUGCACAGAGAAUGAGACUUUACAAGAGGCUGUAAAAGCUUGGUGUGAAUGUCCAGACAGCUGGACAAAUAAACUUAUUACAGUGGCCUCUGGCUAAAGAAGAAAUUAUAAUUUAGCCUGUUUAAGAAUCCAUAAGCAUAGCUUGCUUGCUACACAAACAAGGCUAGGAUCCACCAUAUCAUAUUACUAAAUUGAUCUGAUCUGCCAUGGCAUUUGUUGUUUGGGUGAAUGCUGAGAGAAUAAACAAAGAACAAGAGAAAACAGAGAAGGAGAUAUUUAAGGUGGAGGGUUGAGUUGUUCCUAAUGUUACUUAUUACACAAUACAUCAAUAUACUAAACAGUAGAACUCCCAUUGACCCAAUCACUCUUGCAGUAUGAGCAUCAGCUUCUUUUGCAGUAGUACCAACACUUGCUUUUUGCUUUCUUACUACAGAAAACAAAGUUUUUCUCCAUCUAAUGUACAACAACAAAAAACAACUGAAAAAAAAAUCAGUUUCAUACAGUAUACUUUGAACAGCAAAGUCACCGUACAAACACAGUCAAGGAUUGAGGUUUUGCAUGCUGAAUGAAUAUUUUAUUUAUAACCAGUUUAUAAAAAUAAAAUACAAAAUAAUUUGAAAACAAAACUUAAAACAUUGUACAAAGCCUUGAUAUGGUACAAAUGAGAAAAUAAAUAAUUACACCUUUAUGUACAAAUGACCAUUACAAGCACAUCAACUCUUUACUGUUUUUGGGUGCCUGAGCAAACUUAAAAGAAAAAGAAUGGCUUAAAAUUUCCUAGGAGGGGAAAGAGAAUUGCAAUUAUUGAGCAAAAGAAUUUUGAAGGACUCGUUUGUCAUGUUCAGUGGUAACGAACAACCUCAGAACUGCUUUGCACUUAAUUUAAUCAUGAUACAGAUCAAGUACUUAAUUCCUUAUGGAGUGACAACAUUGUAUUUUUAGCUAAUACACCAAUUUCAUCUUCGUGGUAUUGCCUAGAGAUUUUCAAUUAGCAGCCAUUGGUUUGCAGCUUCAAAAAGUCAGUACUUGUAUGAAGGCAUUGCUGGUGAUUUUCUUAUUUUAGCAGUUUGGAUAUUCAUAGGAAAGCAUUAGAAAAUUUACACCUGUUUUCUCUCUCUCUCUCUCUCUCUCUCUCAUACACAGUGCAAGUCAUCUCUAGGUUGAUUCUACAGAAAAUCAGUUAGAGGUUCAAGAAUCAAGUGUUGCAUUCCAACCUAAGAAAGCAGAGGAUGCAGAAAAGGCUGCAGGGCAAUCAUUCCAGAUAUCCAGUCAUACCAGAGAGAAGGAAAAGAUGUGAAAUGGCCCCAAAUCCCUUACUGCACCCUGUGUUAAACCUUUGUGACCUUGCCUGCCACAAUGCAGAUAAGGACUUGAAAGAAUCUGAAGCCAUGUAAGCAAGCUGGCCAACAUUAUGUACCUUAGGGAGCGAGCUGGUUUACUGCUACUAGAGCUCCCUUACGUAAAAAUUAGGUCACAGAUCAAGUGAUCUCAAAAUAAAAUAAGCAUCUGUAACCAAUUAAUACUAGCUGAAUUCCCAAAGCCAGUUGGGGACUAUAAGAAUCCUGUACGAGUAGCCCACCUGCAGUAAUGUUUUCAGAAGAAAUGGUGGACUCAGUGCUCUUGGCCUAAGCUGACUAACAGCAGCAAUUCUUACAGAAAAUAAGGGAUCAAAAAGCAAGUCAUGUCACAAACUUUACUAAAAUUAUGCAUUUUCCAAUUUAAGAGUAACCACAAACGCAAGAUGUAGAGUGAAUUUAUUCCUUUCCUAAGCAGGAAAAAAAAAAAAAAAGCUAAAGAAAACUAGUCUCUAUUUUAAUGAAAGUUUCACUUGCACAGGAACAGAAAGGAUCCAAGUUGUUUAUGUGAACCGGGGAGAAACAAGAGCAAAACACAGGCUAACAUUUGCACUACAAAAAAAAAAAAAAGGCAUUGCUCAACACUUA